AUGAUCAACUUACUAUACGCCAAUUUCAAUGGCGUCAAAUCAAACCACUAUGGAAGACAACAUGGUCUCAUCAGCCCCAAAGAAAACGAACAGCCCGAGGCCCAUCUCGGACCGGAAGCCGAAGAAGUCCAAGGGCAUAUCGCAAGAAGUUCUGUUCAUUUCAUUAUCACUGGUUGCAAUAAUGAAUCGGAACCCCCCGGAAAUCAAUACCCACUCACGGACGAGUUUGAAUGCCCAUUUCCUCCGGAUCAAGCAGAGUUCGACACAAACGAGAUUGGCCAGUUUGACUGCGACACAGAUGAAAAAUGGUCACUGGCUCAACAAUCCACCAGUGGAUCUUCGGAUACUCCACUGAUUGAUCUUUCGUGGAGUCGAACCAGGUACGAGGAACUAAGAUUCCGUGGAAACAUAGUCGCAGAGCGCACGUUUCUCUCCAGGUCCAUCGAGUUGAGCAAAUCAGCAAAGCAAAUCUUUUUGCCAAGCGGCUUUGGUUACGACGUACUAUCCAAAGCCGUAAAACUGUCACAAGAAGCCUUGUUCGAAAGGGCAAAGCAGUCCUGGCCUUCUCUCCACCGCCGAAACUUUGCUCAAGGGCCCCACGAAGUAUUGCUUGGGAGAAAGAAGUUGGAGAAUCUCCUUUAUGAUGCCGAUGCGCCUCUUGAGAUCGAGACCUCGGAUUAUUCCAUGAUACGCCAGUUUCUCAUGGAGGUUGUUCCAUUGCGCAACGCAGUGUGUCACUUCGGGGCUUACAGAUACAGCGAAGCCGAAACAUACGACAAUCUACUGAGGAAAGCCCAUAUGCUCACGGUUACCUUAUAUGACGAGCGUAGAGCAUUGAUGGUUCGAAAUCUACGGGAAGAGGUGCAUAGAAAAGCCGAGGAAUCUGUGGCGGAGCUACUGGCAUUGUCGUCCCUUGCUGUGCUUCCUUUCUUUAAUAGAGACGCGUGGAGCGUAUACCACAAUGAUAUGCUGGGCUCCAUUUGGAGAUACGAGAGAAUAACGGGCGAGCCACUGUCAAAAGAGCUGUGUCACGUUGUGUUCUGCUAG